UAUUGGUGAAGUACAUCCAAGCUAAUGGAGAAGGUUCAUGGAGGUCUCUUCCCAAAAAUGCUGGUGGUCUUCAAUAGUCCAACUUUUGUCUGGACGAACAGAUAAUGAAAUACAGAACUAUUGGAAUUCUAACUUACGUAGGAUAAUUUACACCUUUAGGAACCUCAAAAAGCUUAUUAAAACCACUGCAAAUGUACCAAAAAUUGCAGUUGAUGGUGAUUGUGAUGUAUCCUCGAGAAAACGAGACACAACUAUAGGGUUGGAAGGAGGUUCAAUUGGAUCUUUUUUUACCCGGAAAGGAUAUUGUUGAUUAUAUAGCUCCCUCUCGAAAAAUCAACUCCUCAUUAUGUCUUGGUAGCAUGGGCGAUACUACGUUGUCUGAAGGGAGUUCAAUUGAAUCUCUUUUGCCGGAAGAUAAUAUUGUUAUUGAUAGAGGUUCCAUUCGAAAAAAUGACUCAUCAUGUCUUGGAAGCAAGGACGGAGCUAUGUGGUCUGAAGGGGAUUCAAUUGAAUCUUUUUUAUCGAAAAAUUAUAUAAUUGAUAAAGGUUCUAUUCGAAAAUACAACUCCUUAUGUCCUGGAGACAAGGUCGAUGCUACGUGGUCUGGAGUGGGUUCAAUUGAAUCUCUUUUGUCAGAAGAUAUAAAAACCAACUCCUCAGGUCCUAGAGGCAUAGACAAUGCUACGUGCUGUGAAGAGAAUUCAAUUGAACCUCUUUUGCUGAAAAAUUAUAUCGUUGACAUAGGUUCUAAUCAAGAAACCAACUCCUCAUAUCCUGAAGGCAGGGACGAUGCUACGUGGUCUGAAGAAGGGGGUUUAUUUGAAUCUCUUUUACUGAAAAAUACAAAAAUCAACUCCUCGUGUCCUAUGUGGUCUGAAGAGGGUUCAAUUGAAUCCUUUUUGUUGGAAAGUUAUAUUGUUGAUAAAGUAUCUAAUCGAGAAACCAACUCCUCAUGUCUUAGAGACAAGGACAAAGCUAUAUUAUCCGAAGAAGGGAGUUCAACUAAAUCCUUGUGGAUGAAAAAUUAUACUGUUGAUCUAGAAUUUCUGACUCAGUCAUUUCCUGAUGAAAUUAAAGGACUAGCCAUGCAACAACAUGAAUAUCAUGCAAAAUCAACGAUACAUGAGCCAAGAAGUGAAGAAGAAGAAGACGGAGGAGGAGACAAGAACAACAAAGACAUUCAUGUUAUACCUAAACAACAAGUGUGUAAUGGGAUAUGGACCUUUGAGGACCAAGGACAACAAAUACAAGGACCAUAUGAACAAAAUGAAAUUGUACUUAGUACAACAUAAUAAUGAGUGUUUGCAUGAUUUUGGUAAUAAUAAUUGGUCUGAUAUAAAUUUUGAUUAUUUCUUGGAAGAAGAAAACAUGGAGUUUAGACCCAUUGAAGAGUGUAGAUCUUGGGAACAUGACAUGUUACUUUGGCUAUGGAAUGAUAAAUAGAACUCUAGUACACUCUACUUGUUUCAUUAAAUUUUAGAAACUUUGUAUUCAUUGUUUUAACUUAUUUACACCAAUAAAAUUAUUAGUAAUUCAUAAA